ACGCCGCCGCGUUCGGUAAUCGAAAAAAGCUUUUGUAAUUUGUUUUUGUUUUCAUUUUAAAGUGUCUUACUCAUAAAAUUUGAAGUUUAAGUUCCAAAGGGCGCUUAAUAUGGCUUUGCUGUUGUUUGUACUGUUUGUUUUUGCUCUGUUUACAAGUGGCUUUUUGGCCUCAGUUGGUCUUCUCAGCCGCCGCCGCACUAAUGUCAGUAACUAGUAUUUCCAGUGUUUUAAGCCACUCUAUUUUCAGUUCGUCGUCUUCGCUCUCCACGCUCGCUUCGGCAAUUUGGCGAUUUUUUCCCAACACUAGGGGAAAACCCUCACACCAUGGGACGUUCCGCAACAACGGAUUCGCACUGGUACUCUUGACGAAGAGCUCAUCAAGUGAUGUUGAAAGUCUUGCAGGCUAUCAAUCAUGAUCUACAGAGAUUCAAUCAUUGGAGCUAAUGGUCACUCUAUGAACGGAGAGAGCAACUGAGAGGCAGGUGGUGCAACAGAUUUCCGAAACGAAGUACCUACAUGCAUUUUUUACUUCAGAUACUAAAUAAAAAUCAAGAUCUAGGUCACAGGUACCUAAAUUAAUCAAGAAUAAAAUGGCUUUGUAAAACAGCGCGAUUUAAAUUAACAGAUUUCUUAGAAAACGACCUUUGAAACAAUACCCGUAGUUUCGACUAACGUCGAUAACCUUUUCUUCUUUAUAUGAAGAACAAAGGAAAUCAUUGAGUACCUGUAAAAUAACGAAAAGUGUUUAAGCAAAUGUUUGGAUUUUGGUUUAAUAGCUGCAAUUUUGAAAAAGGUUACGUAUUUCGGAAGAUUGACAAAAAGGUUGAAAUGUCAUCUACCUGAGUAAUAUACUAUAAGGGCAGUUAAAAUUCUGACAUUAAACACAUUCUGUUUUUGAAGAGUGCAGUGCAGUUGAGUCUUGCAGCAGUUCCUUGACUCACAUCUAAGAAGAAAUCUAUAUUUUUCAAAAAUAUUUUAUAUUUAUUCACAAAUUAAAAAAAAAAAAAUGGAAGCCAAUACACCAAUCGAUUCCGAGCUAGAAGCAAUCAAAGCGCGUGUCAAGGAAAUGGAGGAGGAAGCCGAAAAGAUCAGUGAAAUGCAAAUCGAGGUGGACAAACAAAUGGCUGCCUCUGCAACAGGUUCUGCCACGGCGACAUUGUCUUUAGAAGAGAAGCAAGAAAUCGAUACACGUUCAGUGUACGUGGGCAAUGUGGACUAUGGCGCUUCCGCCGAGGAGUUGGAAUCACAUUUUCAUGGUUGUGGUGCCAUAAAUCGUGUGACUAUCUUGUGCAAUAAAGCUGAUGGCCAUCCCAAAGGCUUCGCUUACAUUGAAUUUGGUGCAAAGGAAUCUGUUGAGACUGCACUGUCAAUGAACGAUACACUUUUCAGAGGUCGUCAAAUUAAGGUUAUGUUGAAACGCACAAAUAUACCAAGAUUGUCUACGACAAAUCGUUUUCCACGUGGCGGUUUUCGUGGGCGUGGAGGGCGUAUAUCACGCGGCUAUAGUCAGGGAUCAUCCCGCGGUUCACGUCGUCCAAUGAAUGGUUAUAGAGGACGUGGAAGUUUCCAUGGACCAUACUAAUUAAUAACGGCACAACAAAGAAUGGCUGGUUGUAAAAUCAAGAAAUUAACACAAGGAAAUUAAGAAUAUAAUCGUAAAAAAUAUUAUACGAUUUAGUUCCAGAUAAAAAAAUAAAACGAUAAAAAAAAUUUGAAUGUCUUUUUACU